AUGCGCUUAAUCGCUAUUGCUUCGGUCAUAGCCCUAGUUAUAUCAGCUACUAAUGCUGCCUCUCUACCUCCACCUCAAAAAAAUGGCUUUAUUCGUUUGCCAUUACAACGAGUACCAACCACUGGUGUGACCGGUGUUCACAGAUCAGCCCUUUUAAAGCGCGAUAAGACGACCGUGCCUUUAUUAAACGAAUGGGGUCGUGAAUAUGUGAUUGAAGUCGGUAUCGGUACCCCACCUCAAAAAUUCAAUGUCACCCUGGAUACUGGAAGCUUUGAUCUCUGGGUACCUUCGUCGGAUUGCUCGUCAAUUAUUUGCCCCUAUAAGCGAUUCGAUCACGCCAAGUCAUCUACGUACAAGCCGACAAGUCAACCUUUCGAGAUCACUUACGGUAUUGGUGAAGCCACCGGUACCUAUGCUCUUGAUACCAUCACCGUUGGUACUCUUUCUCAGGCAAACCAACCUAUUGGUCUUGCGAAAUAUACAAAAGAUAUUCUCGGCGUUUCUUCUGAUCAGCAAUCCAACGGUAUUCUCGGUCUGGGAUUCCCAGUGCCUGGCAUUACGAUGCCCAAUACGACGACUUUCAUGUUCAGUCUUGUCGAAAACAAUGCGAUUACGGAACCUGUCUUUUCCAUUUACUUGGGCAGCCGAUACAAGUUUGGUUACGGUGGAGAAAUGAUUAUUGGCGGUGUCGACACCACAAAAUUCACGGGACAGUUGACAUACGUUCCCGUAGUCUCGUAUGAUCUGUCAGGUUAUGCGGCUACGGCGAAUCUUAACAGCCGAGCCAACGCUGCCGGUGGUAUAUACGCUUACUGGACUGCGCCCGGUCAGGGAAUUAGCAUCGUUACUCAAGACGGUCAGACCGCGGGCUUCAACCAACAAUUUACCCAACUGGAACCCUUUAUUCUUGACACUGGCACUACGCUUACAUACGGACCUAAAACUAUCACUGAUGCCAUUGUCAAGGAAUUUACAAAGAAUUCCAAGACGCCCACGCGUUUCGAUCCUUUGAAUAGCGCUUAUGCGGUCGGCUGUGACGUAGCACAACAGACCAACAAAAUGGAAUUCACCUUUUCCACAUCGUCUAGCCAGCCAUCCAAAACACCCGUCAAGAUUACAGUAACAGCAAAAGAACUAGUCAUUCCCGUCGACAGUGACAUACUGGCGACUGCCAAACAAUGUUACUUUGGCAUUGCUCCUAUGCUCGCCGGAACAGACGUAGACUGGAUUAUUGGCGAAAGUGUGCUGCGAUCGGCUUACCAAGUCUACGAUAUGAAGAAUCACCGCGUGGGUAUUGCACCCGCCACUGGCUUGGACAUCGUCAGUGAUCCUUCCGAGGCUCGUUCCUCCAUUCCUGUCGACCCUGCCCGACCUACCGAUCAUGCUCGACCAACGCCAGGAGUUUCCGUACCCGCUUCCGCUGCUGUUUUCUUGUCGGCUUCUUGGUCUGCUGCAACCAUGGUGGCCGUCCUGGUGACGUCGCUCGUCUAUAAUUUUCAAUAA